UUGCAUUUCGGGGUUAAAUUUUCAAUGGGAAGAAAGACAAUGGGCUAGGGUUUCAAUGAUUAGAGCUUAAAUCAUGCAACAAUGUCAGACCUUUCACUUUUUAAUAUUGACCAUUGGUUAUCAGUUAAUCUAUUGAACUUUAUUGCAGAUUUUGAAACUAGAAUCUACGACCCACUAAAAUCUGAUGUACAUAAUUCAUGCACAUCGCAGUUGAUGGGGACUCUAAAUUCCAAUUCAUCGCUUUACUGCAUAUAAUUUAUUGAAUCUCUAGAGUCCAUUAUUAGCAAUUUGCUUUUUAAGAGAUUCCGCUCCGCUAAUUUUGGCGGUAUUGGAAAAAGAUUAUCCAAAAGAAAUCCACCUCACUACCCAAAGGAUCACUUUAUUCCUUUUUUUAAUUGCGAUCACAUAGAAGACAACGCAGAAAGUAGUGUGAAAAUGUGUAGACCAGUCGGCAUUGUCUUCUUAAUAAUAGAUGCCAAAUCAAAAAUCAGAGGAAAGUAUAAAUCUCAAAUUUGAGGAAUCUACUGAGAGAAAGCCAAAUAAAGGAAGCAUUAGAGGAUUGCAUUUAUACCCUGAUAGAUGCCACUAAAUGGAACACAAAAUUACAGCAACGAGGAAACCGGGAAUGCCUCUGGUGAUUCUCAUAUGCGGAAGUCUGGUGUAUUAUCACUGUGCUGUAAGGAAUUCCAGCAUGGUUUCUCUCAUCUGUGAUGUCUUGAUUGUUCUCUUAUGUUCCCUUGCAGUUUUGGGAAUGCUCUUCCGUCAGAUGAAUAUUUGCGUUCCUGUGGACCCUUUGGAAUGGCAAAUUUCACAGGAGACUGCAAAUAAAGUUGCUGCAUGCAUGGCAAAUACAGUUGGUGCUACUGAAUCUGUUCUUAGAGUUGCUGCAAGUGGUCAUGACAAGAAACUAUUCCUCAAGGCAACUGUUGUCCUUUAUCUAUUAUCUGUUCUGGGAAGAGCAGCAUCAGGUGCCACGGUUGCAUAUGCAGCAUUAUGGAUUAUUUCAUUGAUCUUCUGCUCAUCAAAGUUGUCACCGGAUGCAACUCGUCAACCUCAAUACCUUAAUAGAAAGAGAGAUGGAACAAAGACUGGAGGGCAGGAAAAUUGAUCGUAUCAGUUUUCUGGUUUGUGGCAACUUUGCCUGAUGGUUUGAUUAAUUCAUUCUCUUGGAAUGACUCAAACCUCCAUCCUUCGGGGAAAAAAUCAUCAAAUAACCACUCAAUAUAACCAAUGAUAUCAUUUUUGCUUCCAGUGCUAAGUGAUCAUUCUGUUCGGUGCUAACAAAAUUCUUAAACUUAUGAGCUAUCCUGUUCAACAUCUCAAAGAUUGUGAUUAGCUUAUCUGGUUCAUGGAGUUGAAAAGGAGUGUGUAGUUUCAGUAACAUAAACAUCAACCUAGAUGUAUUGUAUACAGUGGCUGAUUGCAAUUCACUCAAAUCUGUAAGAUGCUCCUAAAAUUUUACAAUAGGGAACAGCUUAUUAAUGGGUAGUUUUGAGUCACCAGCGCUGAAUUUCAUGGUUACAAUAUGUAUCGUUUUGUAAUGGGUCUCAGUGAAUUCUUAUGGUGCUUUAAUAAGAGAAGGCAAAGGUGACAUCAGGCAUCAGUAGAAAGGUUAACUUAAGCUAGAGCCACUAUUACACUUAAGCCUAACAAAAGUGAACAGCCUCUAUAACCUGUUGGUAUAAAACAGGAAUGUGUUAAAAUAUGAAGAUGUUGUUGCACCUUUUAAUAUGCAUUGCAUUAUAUAAA